ACUAACAGGGCUCUUGAAAAAGGUGACCUUGGAGAAAGCCGUGCAUCGUAUCGCCUGCAGGUGAUCAGAGCUCUGGUUCAGAGGUACAUAGAUACAGCCAGGAGGGAGUUUGAAGAGGGAAGACGUAAAGAUUUGGGGAACAGGAUCACAGAGUUAAACAAGAAUGUUAUUCGCCUGCAGUCGGAGGUGAAGAAUAUGAGACGCUCACUCUGUGACAACAAGGCACCUGUCAGCCCCAGUGAUAAUGGGAAUGUGCUGAGUCAUUACAUCAUGAAAGUCAAGAACAGCUUCCAGAACUUUGACCAGGAAUCCAUCAGCUCAGGAAAGGAAUCAUCAGAGGUGACAAUUCAUCAAGACAAUAUGGUCAGUGUGCCUGAGGAGGACUGCCCACCAUACCCUGAGGAAGUGUUGUACACUAGUGUUGUGCGACAGGAUGCUGACCAGGAGUAAAUGUAAGAGAGAUCAAGUUAAAUAGAUCCAGCUCUUUACAGACCAGGAUAACUACUCAUGGAGUAAAGACUGCAAAUUAAAUGUGCCUUAUUUGCUGAAAAUAUAUUAGCAGCUAUAUUAUUGCAAUUACUUCAUAUAGCACCAGCUGUCUGUAUGAGAUAUAGAUACAAACUAACUAUUGUGUAUAGUUAUCAACAAAAUAUAGAGUGUUAGAAAGGGUUACUCUGAUACAGUAAAACAUGAAUGUAAAAGUGCUGAAAAUCAUGUAUGCAGCUUCUCAGUGUAAACAGAAAUGUUCCACCUUUUUAAUUUAAAAACCUUUCUCUCUAAUGUUUGCACACUGUUACCCGCCUAGGAAAGUAAUGGUAACUAGGGACGCUCUAGUAUACUUACUAAAUGCAGGAAACUGUUUAAAUAUAUAGGACUAGAUUACAAGUGGAGCACAAAAAUGUUAGUGAGAGACUGGAAAUGUGUUGAGAGAUUAUUUCAUUUCUGAUGGAAUCAAUUUUGUUGGUGAAGUAGUUGGCACAAUCUUGAGCUGAGAGAGAUUUGAUAAUAGGAGGUGGGAGUGGAUGGAGAAGGUUAUUGAAAGUGGAGAACAGAUGUUUUUCGUUUGAAGAAAGAGUAGAGAUAAGACUAAAUAAGUAAUCCUGUUUAGAGAGGUUAAGGGCAGAAUAAUAGGAGUUCAAGAUGAACUUGUAGUGAAGAAAGUAAGCAAAAAAACGGGAUUUUCUUCAAUAGGUAGUAUACCAAGGGUUGAGGAUUAGCGCGUGAUUUGCGAGCUAUGGUAGAAGGGCCCAAAUUGUCAAAGACUGAUGUAAGAGUGAAGUUGUAGUGAUAGAUAGAUUGGUCAGGGCAGGAAAAGGAGGAGAUGGAAGUAGUACAGGUUUUAGAGAGUUUGAAAGAUACUGCUGAUUUAGCGACUUAAUGCUUCUGUGGAGUUUGGUGUGUGGGUUAGAUAAAGGGGGAGUAAUAGGAAAAUCUAUGAUGUGUUAAAUGAGGAGAUGAUGGUAAGAAAGAGGAAAAUGGGAAUUUGCGAAGAUUGAGAGAGUGUAUUGAUAGCUGAAAAACAGAUCAAGGCAGUGUCCAUCUUUGUGAGAGGGACAGUCGGUCCAUUGUGACAGACUGUAAGAGAAAGUGAGCUGGAGAAAUGUUUUGCUCCAGG